GCUAAAAGACGCCAGUGACAGGGGCACAGAUUUAGAAAGCAACCACUUUUUUAUUCACUCUUGGUUUGAAUUUCCAAGACAUGGCGCUUACAACGGAUGAAUACUUAGAAAAGAUAGGUAGCUUUGGUCGCUAUCAAAUUCUUCUCCUCGUAUUCUUAAAUGGCCUGAUUUUCUUCUGGUUUGGUUGGCCAGUGAUGAUUCCGGUCUUCAUAACCGCUGAGCCACCAUGGAGGUGUGUGGCCAAUAGCAGCGUUUGUCAACUAAACGGCACCAUGAAUUCGAGACAUCCCGACUAUAAAUUCAGAUGUAAUAUUUCUCGUGAUCAGUGGGAGUUUGUGGAUGAUUUUACUUCAGUCGUGACAGAGUUUGAUCUGGUUUGCGAGCGUGGUUUGUACGGUACCAUAGGAUCGUCCAUGAUUUUUGUUGGCUUCUUUUUCGGCGGCAUCGUCGUUGGUCCUUUCAGUGACAAGUUUGGCAGGAAGAUCACCAUGUACUUAUCUGGCCUCAUCCUGUCAGUCAUGAGUCUGCUGGCCGCUUUUCCAGAGGCUUUCUGGAUUUUUGCACUCCUAAGAUGUUUGAUUGGAUUCGGGAUAGGCGGGUACAGUAUCGCCGCUUAUGUUCUCCUGACGGAGCUCGUUGGAAUUCGUCAUCGCAGCACGGCAGGCUGCUCUAUUUGGUACUCUUUCAAUCUCUCCAAUAUGGCUCUGGCCGGGCUGGCAUAUCUUGUGAGGGACUGGAGAAAGCUGUCAAUCAUAAUGGCGGCUCCAGCGAUUCCCUUCGUGCUGGGGUGGUUUUUUACUCCAGAGUCAGUAAGAUGGUUUCUUGUAAAGGGAAAAACUGAAAAAGCAGAACAAGUCCUCUACAAGGUUGCAAAAUUCAACAAGAAACCAAUACCUCAAGAACCUCUGCAGGACUGUGAGAAACAGCGACUGGGAGACUUACGAGACUUGUUCAAGACGCGUGCUAUGACGCAUAAAACACUCAUAUCCUGGUAUUGCUGGUUCGUAAAUGGUAUGGUGUACUACGGAGUGUCCUACAGCUCUCCGUUUGUUGGUGGUAACGUGUACCUCAACUUCUUCAUCACAAGCACUGUAGCCUUGGUCGCCUACCCUGCCCUUGCCUGGGGAUGUAAUAGAUUUGGCCGCAAGAAGACCAUAUGCUGUGGUCUUUUCUUUUCUGCUCUUGGUUCCUUUGGAUCCGUUGUGCUCACUCUAUAUGACGAUGGAGAAAGCAAAGGAAUUCUGGCUGGAAAAAUUAUCUUUUCGUUGUGCAUUGCCAAGUUUUUCAUCGUCUUUGCUUUCGACGGAUUUUACGUUUAUUCCGCUGAGCUAUUUCCUACAGUUUUCAGAAAUGUUGGAAUGGGAACUUCUACUUCUGCUGCCCGCGUUGGAUCAUUUCUCUCGACUUACAUUGUUUAUUCGCAACGUGUACACAAACUGCUCCCGUUUGGAAUUAUGGGUUUGAACGCAUUGAUAGCUGGGAUACUGUGCAUGACGUUACCGGAGACAAGAGAUCAACCAACCAUGGAAGUCAUGGAAACAACAGAGGAAGGACAAAAGAUGGAGCUGCUUGCUCACGAUGAUGAAAAGGGAAAAAAAAACAGACAAUAACCAUUUGUAGAAGGAAGGAAACAACCACACAAAAUCGAAUAAUAAACAGCAUCAAAAUUUUUGCCGGAAUGCCUUUGUUUUUCUCCUUAUUCAGAUGCUUGGGUUUUUCCGGAAAAUCACUCUUGGAAAUAUAUAGCUUUCUACCAAAAAUGACUGAUUGUGUACAAAAGGAAAACCGCUCUAAUUCUAGAACUCUACUUAUCAUUGUUUUUACGGAAACUUCGAUUAUGCAUCUAAGACGAUCCCCAGAAUCGCAUAGAUUAUGUUAGACCGUUGACAGUUUUAAAAAAUUCGAUCAUGUAGCGCGCUGUUUAGCCGAGCCAUGUUCAGUUAGGUAUUGCUUGAUUACUGUACCUUUAUUAUGUAUUCCACAUAUUGUAGAACCUACAAAGGAAACCUGUUUUCUCGCAGGUUCAUGGUAAAUAAGCAAGUAGGUACGUGAGUGAGUGAGUGAGUGAGUCAGCACUAUUUCAAUGUACAUUUCUGCUCCAUAUUCCUCGAAGGCCACAUUAGGCUCAAAUAUUUGUAGUGGGUAAAAUAAAAUAAAAUAAAAUAUUAAGAGGGUAAAGAAGAUACUAUGACAAAAGAAAUAUACGCA